CGUGAGGGAGGCGGUGGGCAGAAUGCCCCGAGAUAGCGCCGGGAUGGGGAAACGCAGGAGCCGCCCAAUCCCAGGCGACAGGAAAUUCCACGCUCCCAAAGCCAAGCGGAUCCUUCAGGAAGGACCUGGAGCUGAUCCCCAUGGAGAUCCUGCUGGGAUGGAUCCCAAGAUCCCAGCAGAGGGAAAAACUCCCCAAACUGGGGUUUUUAACGUGAUUUCACAGGAAGGGAGAGAUGAGGAAAUUGGAGGCGGCAGAGCACUGGGAUCACCAAAACAGGGCAUUUCCGAUGGGGUGCAAGAGAAUCGUGUGGAAUUGCCCCAGCUGGGAAUUUUGGAAGUGGAUGGGGCAAGAGAGGAUGAGCUGGAGUCACCAAAACCAGGAAUUUUGGAUGGGGCAGGAGAGAAUUGUGGAGAAUCGCCAAAACCAGCAGUUUUGGAGGUGGAUGUGGCAGGAGAGGAGCAGCUGGAGUCACUGAAAAUGGGAAUUCUGGAUGGAAUGGGGCAGAACCAUCUGGAAUCACCUCAGCUGGGAAUCUUGGAGGGGGAUGGAACAGGAGAAGAGCAGUUGGAGUCACUAAAAAUGGGAAUUUCAGAUGGAACAGGAGAGGAUCGGCCGGAAUUACCAAAACCAAAGAUUUUGGAUGGAACAGGAGAGGAUCAACUGGAAACACCAAAACCAGGGAUUAUGGAGGUGGAUGGGGCAUCAGAGGAGCAGCUGGAGUCACUAAAAAUGGGAAUUUCAGAUGGAACAGGAGAGGAUCGGCCGGAAUUACCAAAACCAGAGAUUUUGGAUGGAACAGCAGAGGAUCAACUGGAAACACCAAAACCAGAGAUUAUGGAGGUGGAUGGGGCAGGAGAAGAGCAGCUGGAGUCACUGAAAAUGGGGAUUUUGGAUGGAACAGGAGAGGAUAGGCUGAAAACACCAAAACCAGGGAUUUUGGAGGUGGAUGGAGAGAAGCAUCCAGAGCCAGUGAAACCAGAAAUUCCAGAGGCAGAUGGGGCAGGAGAGGAGCAGCUGGAGCCACUGAAAAUGGGAAUUUUGGAUGGGGCAGGAGAGGAGAAGCUGGAGCCACUGGAAAUUGGAAUUUUGGAUGGAACAGGAGAGAACGAGCUGGAAUCACCAAGACCAGGGAUUGCAGAGGAAAAUGGGGCAGCAGAGGAGCAGCCAGAGUCAAACUGGGAAAUUCUCAAACUGGGAAUUGUGGGUGGAACAGGAGAGAAUGAGCUGGAAUCACCAAAACCAGGAAUUCCAGAGGCGGAUGGGGCAAGAGAGGAGCAGUUGGAGCCACUGGAAAUGGGAAUUUUGUAUGGAGCAGGAAAGGAUCCGCUGGAAUCACCAAAACAAGGAAUUCCAGAGGCGGAUGGGGCAGCAAAGGGGCAGUUGGAGCCAAACUGGGAAAUUCCCAAACUGGGAAUUUUGGGUGGAACAGAAGACAAUGAGCUGGAAUCACCAAAACCAGGGAUUUUGGAGGUGGAUGGAGAGAAGCAUCCAGAGCCAGUGAAACCAGAAAUUCCAGAGGCGGAUGGGGCAGGAGAGGAGCAGCCAGAGCCAAACUGGGAAACUCCCAAACUGGGAAUUUGGGGUGGAACGGAAGACAAUGAGCUGGAAUCACCAAAACCAGGAAUUCCAGAGGCAGGUGGAGCAGGAGAGGAGCAGCCAGAGCCAAACUGGGAAAUUCCCAAACUGGGAAUUUGGGGUGGAACGGGAGAGAACGAGCUGGAACCAGCAGAACCGGGGGGUUCUGCAGCCCACGAGGACACGGCGAUGGACACGGCCCCCGAGGGAAGCCCGGAGGUGACGGAUGCAGCGGGAGAGGGGCCCGAAGGUGCCCUGCAGGAGGGAUGUGGCACUGGCAUCGCCCUGGGGACGGACACGGGGUCACCAGGUGGUCCCCGAGGUGCCCAGAGCGGUGGAGGGGACGCGGGGAGCAGGAAUUGCCAGGGUGGCAGUGCCAGGGUGGCCACAGCAGGGUCAGAUCCAGCAGCCACCGGCACCGAGCCCCAGGAGCAGCAGGAAGGGACCAGCCCAGAGCUCCCAGCGGAGAAGCCGUGGCACAGCACAGGCCAGACCCACACCGGAUCCACCAGGAACAUCCCGUGGGAAAGCAGCGCCAAGGCCGCGGAGCCGGCGGACGCCAGCGACGUCAUCCGCGGGCUGAUCCGGGAGCUCUCAGACCUCAACCGCCUGGCCAUGGGAGCGCGCCGAGGGCUGGAGCUGCUGAGGAGGCCGAGGGCACGGCGUGGCCGCAGGGCGGGCCCCGCUGGAAGCCGCUGGAAAGAGGGGUAGGGACGCCAGGAGUAAUUAGUAACAAUAAUAAUUUA